AUGAAGUUCACCGCGUCGCUGAUCGCUCUUGGCGCUCUGCUUGUUGGUGCGGCGUCCACCGAGGCUGCUGCAGUCGAUCGCCCUGGUCCGUGGUCCGAAAUUCACCACAAGAACUCGAUCAAGCACUUCAAGGUGUUUGGCGUUCCCGCGGGAACCAACCUUCGUUCGGUGAGGCCGUUGUACUACAACUGCAGCAUCAAGUUCCCCUCGGCGAAGGAAUCCACUUACAAGUACUUCGCGGAGCACCCUGGAAACGAGUUCCAAAUGCUGGGUCGUCACACUCUCGGCAUCAACUGCCCCGACUGCACUGCUCAGGAGACGUACAACUUCUACUCGAUCCAGUUGGCCAGAUACUUCACUUGCGCCAAUGCCGAGCACUGA